AUGUCAAGCAUUAUCCACAAGGUCAAGGACGCCGUGACCGGCCAUCAUGAUAAGCAGGCCACCCAUGACUCUUCCAAGGCAUCCAACAAGAUUGAUGAUGCCCAGGAUAGUUACAGAUCCUCAAACAACACCACAGACAACAGCAAAUACACUUCUACUAGUGGAGGUAACAACACCAACACUUACGGCUCUGGCUCUGGCCCUGGCUACGAGACCACAUCCACUACCGGCGCGGGAGGCUACGGCUCUGGGGCGACCACUGGCUCUACCACUGGCCACGGCCAUAGCUCUGGCACUGGCACUGGUCUAAACUCUGGCUCCGGCUAUGAGAAUACACCCACCACCGGUGCUGGAGGUUACGGCUCCGGGGCGACCACUGGCUCUACCACUGGCCACGGCCACAGCUCUGGUACUGGUGGCCUCAACUCUGGCUCCGGCUAUGAGACCGGUACCUCGACUGGAGCUGGCAACUACGGCACUGGUAGCACUGGUCACGGUGCCCACAGCUCUGGCACCAUCCAUGACGCCCGCAAGGGCCCAAUUGAUGUCGGCCCCGGCUCGGGAACAUCCGGCAAUUACGGAUCCAACACUGGAUCCAGCACCAUUAAUGCUGGCCCCCAUGACUCUAAGUUAGCCAACAAGGCCGACCCCCGCGUCGAUAGCGACCUCGACCACCGCGGCUCCAGCAACCCCUUGUCUGGCAACAGAGAAACCUACGGCAGCAACACCUCGGGCCGUUCUACUGGAGAGACCGGUUAUGGCUCCAGCAAUCCUCUGUCGAGCAGCACCACCGGCCACUCCGCUGGUCACUCCUCUGGACAGACUGGCUACGGCUCCAGCAACCCCCUCUCUAGCAACACAACCAGCCACAGUACUGGACAGACUGGUUAUGGCUCCAGCAACCCUCUGACCGGUAGCGAUAACUACGGUAGCUCCACCGGUCACUCCACUGGGCAGACUGGCUAUGGCUCCAGCAAUCCUCUGUCGAGCGGCACUACUGGUCACUCCACCGGACAGUCUAGCUAUGAGUCCAGCAACCCUCUGUCGAGCGGCACUACUGGUCACUCCGCUGGUCACUCUUCUGGACAGACUGGCUACGGCUCCAGCAACCCCCUCUCUAGCAACACAACCAGCCACACUACUGGACAGACUGGCUAUGGCUCCAGCAACCCUCUAUCUGGUAGCGACAACUAUGGCAGCUCCACCGGUCACUCCACCGGCCAAACUGGCUACGGUUCCAGCAACACUGCCUCUGGAGCUGACACUUAUGGCAGCACUGGCCACUCCACUGGACAAUCCGGCUACGGCUCCAGCAACACUGCCUCUGGAGGCAAUAAUUUCGGCAACACUGGCCGCUCCACCGGACAAUCCAACUAUGGUGCCAAUGACAGCUACGGAGGCGGUGACAGCAGCUACAACCAGUCAACUUCGAAGACUGGAAAGACCUCUGGGCCUCACGGCUCUGACCUCUUGAACAAACUUGACCCCAGGGUUGACGAACACACAUCAUCCCUCGGCACCCAGCGCAACUACUAA